AUGGCGGACGCCGGGGCGGGCCUCGAGACGCAAGGCCGCUCCGAAGAGCCGGAGAGCACAAACGCCGCGCGAGCGUCUCCUCACGAGCAAGUCAUGGAGUCGCUGAAGAAGGUCGCCCAAGUGGACCACACAGAGGAUCCACCUCCGGAUGAGGCCUUGAAGCUCUUCUUCACGGCGCGUCGCCUGGCACAGGAGGACCGCUGGGGGUCCAUCGCUGCCUUCCCUCUGUCAUCCACGGAUCUCACUUGGGUGAUUCGCGCCGUUCACUUCUCCGAGGAUUUCGCCGACUGCAGUGAGGAGGUGGUUCUGCCCCUGCGUCCGGAUGAGUCUAUCACCAUGGCGAGACAUGAGGACUUGCGCAGGGAGCUGCGUGUGAAGGGGCUCUUCUACGCGCUGCUGGACGCCGACGGAAGCGUGGUCCUCUACGAACUCCAGCCGGCACAGCUUCAAUCUUUCCCAGAUCAGCGGCCAUUGCACGACCCGGCCUAUGUAGAGCCCAAAAUACUGGCAUCGAUGGCAAAGGAAGCCUUCGAGGAGGGCGGCGCCACAAAGGACGCCAAAAAGUCGAAAGGCAGGAAGAGGAAGAAGGACGAGACCAAGACGUAA